AUGUCUUGGUUACUAGAAGUUUGGGCAUUGACAACAGCUCUGGCAGCUGCGCUGUCUCAAUACAGCACCAAUGGUCAAUCCAAAUGGGGGACAUUGCCUUCACCAAACCUUCCGAAGUUUUUGGACAACUGUUCCCUAGUGGAUGACACCCCUUGGGGAGACACAGUUCCUGGAGGGGAGCCCCCCAACACCGGGGUGAUCAGAUAUUAUGACUUCUCUAUCACGCGCGCUUACAAGUCCCCGGAUGGAUUCAACAAAAGCGUGAUUCUGAUAAACGACCAAUUCCCGGGCCCACUGAUUGAGGCCAAUUGGGGCGAUAUGAUUCAAGUGACCGUGACCAACAAUAUCGACAGCGAGGACGAGGGGACUACCCUUCACUGGCAUGGUCUUUCGCAGAAAAAGAGUCCCUGGUAUGACGGAGUGCCGGGAUACACGCAGUGCCCUAUUGCUCCGGGCAGCACCUUCACCUACACCUUCCAGGCCGACCAGUUUGGCUCCAGCUGGUAUCAUUCCCACUACAGCGCACAGUACAACGAUGGUCUCUAUGGGCCGAUGAUUAUCUAUGGUCCCGUCCAGCCCUCGGUGGACUACGACUUUGAUCUUGGCCCUGUGAUGAUAUCCGACUACUAUCAUGACAACUACUACGACACAUUAGUUCAGGGAUUCAAGAAGCCUCCCAUCAUUGUACCUUUAGACAACAAUCUGAUCAACGGCAAGGGCUUCUAUGACUGCAACCAGACUGCCUCCGGUGAUUGUUUGCCCGGCGCAGGCCUCUCGAAAUUCCAAAUCGAAUCUGGAAAGAAAUAUCGCCUGCGUUUUAUCAAUACUGGCUCAUUGGCCAAUCAAAAAGUGAGCCUUGAUAACCACGAGAUGACAAUUAUUGCCAAUGAUUUUGUUCCCGUCGAACCCUAUACUACAAAUGUGGUGACUCUGGGAGCCGGCCAGCGGACAGAUGUGAUUGUGGAAGCAACGGGCAGCGCAACAGAUGCGGUAUGGUUGCGGGCUGAAAUCGACAUGCUCUGUCUGAAUGAGUCCACCACAUAUGAUACCGCUCUGGCAGCAGUAUAUUACCAGUCAGCCAACACCAGCAGUGUACCGCAGACCACAGGAACCAGUUGGGAGAGCAACCACUGUCGCAACGACCCUCUGGAAGACACGGUACCCUACUAUCCCAUCGCGCCCCCAGCCACGCCUUCAACGGUCGACACAGUGAACAUUACCCUGGGCUACAACGCAACGGGCUACAUCCUAUUUUUCGUGGAUGGAUCGUCCUUCCGGGCCGACUACAACGAGCCCGUUCUCUUCCUAGCGAAUCAAAAUGUAUCCCAAGUCUACCCAACCGAGCGAAACGUCUACGAUUUCGGCAACAACACGAGUGUACGCAUGAUUCUGACCAACACUUUUGCCAUGCAGCACCCGAUGCAUCUUCACGGGCACAACUUCUGGGUUUUGGCAGAGGGUACGGGGACCUGGAAUGGAACCAUCACCAACCCGUCUAAUCCCCAGCGGCGCGAUACGCAGAUUCUCCAGGCGGGUUCAACCGACGAGCCCUCCUACCUGGUCCUGGAGUGGGAGUUGGACAACCCGGGCGUCUGGCCCCUACACUGUCACAUGUCCAACCACGCCAGCGCUGGUUUGGUGCUUAGCAUCCUGGAACAACCCGACUCAAUUGCCACAGAGAUGAACAUUCCCGCAGUCAUGCAACAAACCUGCGUCGACUGGGACAAGUUCAGCCACACCAACUACGUGGACCAGAUCGAUUCGGGCGUUUAA